AUGACGUACAGACCCAUGUCUCCCAGAGCAAUGUACCCUCCUGAAGACACAGAAGUGGAGCCCAGGCCUCUGAUCUCAGGGCCUCCAAGUUCCGCCUGGCACGGCCUGGCACAGUCCCCACACACAUCCAGUGCUCGGGCCUGUGGGCCUGGCCUCCGGAGCCCCCAAGGCCUGGCUCAGGAGGCCCCUUCUGGCCUCUCAGUGGAGUCCUACCAGGGUGCCAGCGCAGCAGGGCCAGGAGACUGGGGCUCCCGGUGCAGGAUGGACGGGCCGUUCCCGCCGCAGAGGCAGCAGGGGAGCCUCUCGCUGCCCAGGGCACCCCCGCCCCCCUUCCUGGGGCCAAGGCUGGGCUCUCUGGAGUUUCCCAGGCCGCUCUCCCCGCCUCCAGGGCUCACAGUCCUGGGAAGUCCCGGGCGAGCCAGGCGCUUUGAAGUGGAGCCCCCGCCAGGCCCACGGGGCUCCCCACCUCCGCCUCAAAGGCCGGAGACGCAGCCAUUCGGGGUGGUGGGCCUGCGGGGCUGGCUGCGCUCAGGUGCGGAAGCUCGAGGCUCCGCUGGUUUAGCUCCUGCAGGAGGAGUAACAUCGAGUCCCGGGGGCCCUGGGGAGGCCAGGCGCGUGCAGCCCCCACCCCCGCGCCCUAGCUUCCAGUUCCGGGGGGCGCGUCACUGUCACGGCGCCUGGGUGCGGGGGCUCCGGAGGCGCUGGGAGGCGCUGGGCCUGCGCCGCUCCUCGCCCGAGACCAGACCCGAGACCAGCAGGGACACAGCCCGGCUCACCCAGAAGCCUCGCGCCCCACCCCGGGAGAGCCAGCCUCUCUCUUUCCUGCACCUUCUGCAGCACUGCUUUUAA